UUACGUUAUUACGUCAGUAGUGAGGUAGGACACGUCCAGGGGAGGUCACGUGUGUCCCAAAGCGUGCACUCAGCGUGCGCGCGCGCUUGCAGGCAUGCAAUUACUGUGCAUGAUUGUCUCAAAGUGACGCAGAUUCUAGCCCGAUUUACGUGGAUGCAGGAGCAUAUGAGGUCCGGUAGCAGUACCAGGGUUCCGUUUUUGUCCGAAUGACGGUCUAACGAGGGUGUGUGCGACCCGUGCGCAGGUCGUGUGCCUGGGGAACAGUCCCGAUUUAUUUUGUAGUCGACUGUGCGCAUGUGAAACAAGAUGCAUCUGUUCAGGAGUUACAAUUAUCAAGUGUUCCCGGACCGAGGCUCAGUGGACACGCCGACCAUACGCGGCAUCAGCUGGACUCCGCUUCCAGAGGCGCUGGACUCAAAGGACACAAUGAAGCAGUUCCUCUCAGAUCGCGUGGUGAAGGCCGCAAGGUCGGUGUACAGCGUCAUGGUCCUGAGAAACCCUGGGUUGAUCCGGGAUAGAAAAUAUCACCUCAAAACUCACAGACAAUGUUGCUCUGGUAAGGAACUCGUCGACUGGCUGAUUGGACAAAACGAAGGCCUGCAGUCGAGAAGCCAGGCGGUUGGAAUGUGGCAGGUCCUGGUGGAUGAAGGGAUCCUGGUUCAUGUGAAACAUGAGUUGAACUUUCACGACAAGGACACUCAGUUCUACCGCUUCCUGGACUCUGAGUUUGGACUCAACCACCUAACAAAGGACUCGGAGGACGAGUUGCAGGAAAGCCUGUCGCUGCUGUCUCAGCUGGGCCCCGACGCCCUGCUCACGAUGAUCCUACGCAAAUGUCCAAAUCAGAGGAGUGCUGAGGACCUGGAGGUCAUCUAUGAGGAGCUUCUCCAUGUCAAGGCAGCCGCUCAUCUUUCCACCUCGGUGCGGAAGGAGCUGGCAACUGUGUUGGUGUUUGAAUCACAUGCUAAGGCCGGAACUGUCUUGUUCAGCCAGGGGGACAAAGGCACUUCCUGGUACAUCAUCUGGAAAGGCUCUGUCAAUGUGAUUACCCACGGGAAGGGUCUGGUGACCACAUUGCACGAGGGCGAGGAUUUCGGGCAGCUGGCCUUGGUGAAUGAUGCGCCGCGGGCCGCCACAAUAAUCCUGCGAGAGGAUAACUGUCACUUCUUGCGUGUGGACAAACAGGACUUCAUCCGAAUUCUCAAGGAUGUAGAGGCUAACACGGUGCGACUGGAGGAGCACGGGAAAACGGUACUGGUGCUGGAGAAAUGUGCUGACCCAUCUGAGCAGGGAGGAGGCGGAAACAAGUACACUGUGAUGUCAGGAACACCAGAGAAGAUCCUGGAACACCUCCUGGAAACAGUAAAGUUGGACUCCAAUGGGAGUGACGCAAUCGACUCUUAUGUGAGUGACUUUCUGUUUACACAUAGAGUCUUCAUGCCCUCCAGUCAGCUCUGUCCUGCACUGCAUCAUCACUACCAGUCAGAGCUCUCUGACGGUUCCGAGCAGGAGAAGGCUGCCUACAUUCUCAACACCAAGCAGAAGGUGGUGAAGCUGAUUGGCCAGUGGGUAGCACUCUAUGGCCUUGUGCUAAGGGAAGACCCCAUUGUCUCAAGCUUUCUAGAGAAGCUGAAGGAGGACAUUGCAGCUAAUAUUCAUUUGUCUGGCGUGCUGAAAGAUCAAUUCCGGGACAGAAGAAGAACAAAAGUGUUGGAGAAUGGAUACCACUACUUGGGCAGGAAGUCCUCUUUUGACUGGUUCCCUCAUUGUGAGGAGCCUGUGGGACGGAUACAGCCAAUCAGAGCACAGGAUAAAGUGUUGUACGAGAUUUACACGCCAGACCACCAAGCUCUCACGCUGAUGCUGCCGGUCAACACGUCCGUCCAGGAAAUUAUGCUGUCACUGGUCAAACCUGGAGGAGAUCAUGUGCUGGUCAAGAUGAACUCAGCAGGAGAAAGAGCCGAGUUGAAAUUGGAUGCCACCGCCGUGUUCACCGCACUAGGACUCAAUGAGAGACUCUUCAUCUGCACCAGUGGCCAAGUAGAAAAACUGACACCACUGAACGAGCAACAGGGUCCUGGGCGAGGAAGUGCCAACACACUUGAGCACAUGUGCUCCAAGGACAUCGCCAGUGAACUCACCAACUACGACUGGGAACUGUUCACCGCCAUGCAUGAAGCCGAGCUCGUCUAUUACAUAUUCGGACGUCAAAAGUUCCCGGGCGCCCUGACGGCCAACCUAGAGCGCUUUGUGCAUCACUUCAAUGAGAUUCAGUACUGGGUGGUGAGCGAGCUUUGCCUCUGUGAAGACCUGGUCAAACGAGCCAUCCUGCUAAAAAAGUUCAUCAAGAUCGCUGCAGUAUUAAAGGAGCAGAAGAAUCUUAAUUCCUUCUUUGCCGUGAUGUUCGGUUUGAGCAACAGCGCGGUGCAUAGGCUUUACAAGACCUGGGAGAGAAUAUCCAGUAAGACGAAAAGAAUUUAUUGCACCUACGAGAGACUGAUGGAUCCAUCUCGAAACCAUCGCGCUUACAGGCUGGCUGUGGCCAAGCUCAGCCCCCCUUACAUCCCCUUCAUGCCUCUCAUACUCAAAGACAUGACGUUCAUUCACGAGGGAAAUCCCAACUUGGUGGACCGCCUGGUCAAUUUUGAGAAGAUGCGGAUGAUUGCCAAGACUGUGAAAACGGUGCGAGUUUGCAGGAGCCAGCCUUACGUGCCUUCGUCGCCACAGAGAGGGCUGGCUGAUCGAAUGUUUCUGGAAGGCCCUGCUACUCGCAUAUCUACAUACUCAGACCACGCCCUCCCUCUGCGGAGUCCCAGCAACAUCCGACACUACAUUCAGAACCUGAAUGUGAUCGACAGCCAGCGCAAGCUAACACAGAUAUCGAGGAUAAUAGAAUGCUAGCACCCAUUACUACGCAAAAACUGGUGAACUGGUGGGCUGGUUGUCAUGGAGACUGAUUCAAGGAAGAGAAGACUACUAAAUGCUGAACUACAAUCAAACAGACGGGGCCUUCCAACACACUAUUGCAUGUUUGUGUUCUUUAGUCUUUAUAGCUUCAUGUACACUGCAGUCACACAAUUUCAUAAAAUGCAGAAGGAACACAUUCAGCCUUUUAGUCGGUCAGUUGCUUAUGCACCAAUGUUUAUAAAUUAGUACGUGCACUGUAUAUGCAUAUUAUUUCAUACAUUUGUUUUUAAUAAAUUAUUUUCCCAGCAAUGUGUAAUCAAU